ACUACUGAGCAGUCGUCAGGCAGACUUCGACGCUGUGUGGCAAGGAGGAAGUGGUGUGGUCGUUUCGCGCACAGAAUGGCACAGGUUCACAAUAAAGACCUGCAUGAACCAAACUGAUUUAUAGAAGUAUUGUAGGCAUUGCAGUAACCACAGAAAACGCAACAUGGUUGCAAGCUCAGGAAAGCAGUUCACUCUGCUUCUCUGGAAGAACUGGCUCAUUCAAAAGCGCAAGGUGGCUGUGUCUUUUUUCGAAGUUCUUCUACCUGUGGUUUUCACUGCGCUGUUGAUAGUCAUACGGCUUUUGGUGUCCACCAGGGAAGAACUAACUACCUAUUAUCCUGCACAAAGUUUAAACACUACUCCUGAGUUUCAGUAUCCACUCCAACUAAAGGCUCUAGCACUUUUAAAAGCCACUAAUGCAAGUGCUUCACUCCCGUACUGGUUUCCUCUCAGUGCUAUUUCCUUUGGUGGGGGGCAGCCUGGGAUAGUGGGAAUAAUUGGAUACACACCAGACACACCUCUUAUCAAGAGAAUCAUAGAGAGAAGUGCAGCAUGGCUUGACAAUAAAGUUGAAGUUUUGCCAUUUAGUUCAGAAGAGGAUAUGGUCUUUUUCAUGGACAGUAAUCAGAGUGCUAUACGUGCUCUUGGUGGAGUUGUGUUCACCAAUGUUGAAAAUUCAAGCCUGCCACAAGCUAUUCAAUACAAAAUUAGGCUCAACUCAACAGACCUCUUACCUGAUGGCUCAUACACAAGAAGAAAUUGGCGUACAGACCGAGUUUUUACAUUUAAUAUUGGUUCAAGACCUCGUGACGGAACUAAUGACCCAUACAAAGGAAAGGGUUUUCUUCAAAUCCAACAAGCAGUAGACAUGAGCAUCAUUCUAGAGCUGGAUCCAACAGCAGAUGUUGCAGAUUAUGCAGUUCAUAUCCAGCGGUUUCCAUAUCCCUCCUACUUUGUGGAUGUAUACGUGCUGAUAGUGACUGGUAACCUGCCACUUUUUAUGAUCCUCAGCUUCCUGCUGUUUGCUUUGCAAAUCCCAAAGCAAAUAGUAUAUGAGAAGGAGAAGCGAUUGAAGGAGUAUAUGCGUAUGAUGGGGACAAGUAACUGGCUUUACUGGAUGACAUGGUUUCUCAAAUGCUUCAUAUACAUUUUGGUGGCUGUAGCAAUAAUGACUGUGCUGUUCAGUUUAAAAGUGAAUAGCGGAUUCAGCGUCUUGGGAAAGAGUGAUGCUUCUGUUAUGUUUAUUUUCCUUCUGAUCUAUGGGGUUGCCACAAUAUCCUUUUGCUUUGUCUGCUGUGUGUUCUUUGACAAUGCUAAUGCGGGGGCUGGUGUGUGUGGACUGCUCUAUUUCCUGACCUAUGUCCCAUGGUUUUUUCUAUCCAACCAGUAUGAGAACAUGACAAGGUUCCACAAGGUGAUUGCUUGCCUGAUUCCCAACCUGGCUCUUUCUCUGGGAACCUAUGCUGUAGGACAACACAUGUCAACAGGUGAGGGAGUGCAGUGGUCCAACUUUAACAAGCCUGCUGUGGUAGAUGAUGACUUUUCCCUGGCGGAUGCCAUGUUUAUGUUACUCUUUGAUGCCGUGCUUGGUUUUCUACUUACCUGGUAUGUGGAGGCAGUCAGACCUGGGAAGUAUGGAGUGCCACAGCCAUGGUAUUUCUGCUGCACUAGAAGCUAUUGGUGCGGGGAGAAGGUGAGCGAUGAUCAUGAUGAGGAACACCACACACAAGGAGUUGGUCAGGAACAAGAAUUCUUUGAAGCUGAUCCUGUAGGGUUUAAUGCUGGCAUUGAGGUCAAGGGUCUAAGAAAGACGUUUAAAGGAAAGAAAGUAGCAGUGGCUGGGAUGUCUGUGACUAUGUAUGAGAACCAGGUGUUUGCUUUGCUGGGGCACAAUGGUGCAGGGAAAACAACUACCAUGUCCAUGCUGACUGGUUUCAUCCCCCCAAGCAAGGGCACAGCAGUCGUCAAUGGUUAUGACAUAAGAAAAAGCAUUUCAAAAGCUCGCGAGAGCCUUGGAUUAUGCCCUCAACAUGAUGUCUUGUUUGAAGCUCUGACAGUAGAAGAACACUUGGAAUUUUAUGUGCAGAUGAAAGGUGUGACUGGGUCUGCUGUUAAAAUGGAGGUUGACAAGACACUUGGCAUCAUGGGAAUGCUAGACAAAAGGAAAUCUUUCCCCUCAGGCCUGUCUGGAGGCAUGAAGCGCAAGCUGUCUGUUGGCAUAGCUCUAAUUGGAGAUUCCAAGAUUAUAAUGCUUGAUGAGCCCACCUCUGGUAUGGACCCCAGUGCCCGGCGCCAGACCUGGGACAUCAUCCAGGGGGCAAGACAAGGCAGAACCAUAGUCCUGACCACACACUAUAUGGAGGAGGCAGACCUGCUGGGAGACAGGAUUGCCAUCAUGGCUGAGGGGGAGUUGAGGUGCUGUGGAAGCUCUCUCUUUCUCAAGAAUAAAUAUGGGGCUGGUUUUCACAUGGUAUUGGUGAAAGAACAGGCAUGUAAUAUAGAUGCAGUGACCCAGAUGAUCCAGGGCCAUGUGCCUUCCUCCACCUUGGAGACUGACAUAGGUGCUGAGCUGUCUUAUGUCCUGCCCAGGGAAGAAAUAUGUCGUUUUGAAGGCUUGUUUGCUGACCUGGAGGUGAGGCACAAGGACUUGGGGGUGUCCAGCUUUGGUGUGUCUCUCACAACCAUGGAGGAGGUGUUUCUCAAAGUCGGCGAAGGUAUUGAUGUGAAUGAAGAACUAGUCAAGAGCCCCUCAAGAAAACUGAGUGUGCGCAAACCAGCUGUUGGAUAUGCCAGUCUGGAGGAAGAACAGGACGGCAACAGUGGUGUUAUCAUGGUGAAGAGCAAUGGUGAUAUCCCUCUACAGGAAGUCGGGGGAGUGACCAAAGGACCAGCAUUUAAUGUUGACUUAAAGAAAAACUCUGGCCUAAAACUCCACCUCCAGCAGCUGUAUGCCAUGCUCGUGAAGAGAGCUCUGCACACCUGGCGCAACAGAGUGGUGACACUGGCGCAGUUACUGGUGCCAGCCAUUUUCACCAUGCUGGCACUGGCGCUGGACCUGAUCCCCGCCAGCACACAGAGUGACUACCCAGCCCUCAAGAUGAAUACUGAGAUGUUUGGCAGUGAUCCCAAUUAUAUUGCCGCAGGGUACCAGCCAGGGGACGUGGUGCUGAGCAACAUAAGCCAGAAAUAUGGUCUGAAUAUGCCAAGCAAUACACAAGUUCAGGAUGUCAAUGCUGCCUCUGCUAAUGGUUCUGGUGAUGUGGAAAGUUACCUACUUCAAGAAGCUGAUAGACUUGGUAUUGCAAACUACAACAAGUAUUUCAUUGCAGCAGCCUCCUUUGAUACCAAUACCUCAUCAGCAGUGAAGGAAAUCAUAGCUCAUAGCAAUGGACAGCCUCUACAUAACUCUCCUAUAGCUGUAAACCUGGUCACCAAUACCCUAUUGAGAUAUUUUGUCAAUGAGUCCUUCAGCAUUGAAGUCACUAACCACCCAUUGCCCUUUCCCUCCGAUUUCAAGAGAGAGUUGCAGAGCAACUCCAGCAUGUUGUUUGGCUUCUUGAUCCAGCUGUGCAUACUGUUUGGGAUGUCCUACCUGGCCAGCAGUUUUGUGGUGUUCCUGGUCAGGGAGAGGGACAACAAUGCCAAGCACCUGCAGAUAGUCAGCGGAGGACGCCUUGUGACAUUUUGGUUGUCCACCUUCAUUUGGGAUCUCAUCAAUUACGCAAUUGUGUUUGCACUGAUUAUCAUAGUAUUUGCUGCAUUCCAACCAGAGGCAUACUCACAGGGUGGACGUCUGGGCUUUGUUGCUCUCUUGUUGCUACUGUUUCCAUUUGGCAUGCUACCAUUAAUGUAUUUAUUGUCAUUCUUCUUCAAGACGCCAGUGACUGCUUCAACUCUGUUGACCUUUACCAACAUUCUUUUAGGUCUAACUGCCACGCUGACAGUGUACCUCCUGGACGCCCUCCAUGACCCAGAUACCAACACUAACACCAGGCCUAUAGCUGUUGUCCUGGAUUGGAUAUUCAUUGUCCUGGCUCCAAACUAUAACCUGGGCAAGGGCCUGCAGGACAUGUAUAAUAAUUACCAGAACAUCAAACUGUGCACAGACAGCAAGGUACAGGAUUUGUGUGACCUCGGAAUUGGUAAUCCUUGUUGCAAAGAUAACUGUGGAGACAAUUGUUUGAAGUAUGAAGAGAACUACCUUGCGUGGCCUGCCCCUGGAAUCGGGCGUAUGGUGAUAUUCCUGGUGGUACAGUGGGUAUUCUACUUCCUCAUCCUGGCCCUGCUGGAGUCUGAGAUCAUCAGUAACACUGUAUACAGAAGGCAGUCAGCCCGGGUGGCCAAUGGGGACCUGGGCCAGUCUGGGGAGGCUGUAGAUCAGGAUGUUUUAACAGAACAGGGGAGAGUUCAACAAGAAAUAGCCUGUGAGAAUGAUGUUCUGGUGCUGAAGAAGUUGACCAAAUAUUAUAAGAAUAUGCUAGCUGUUGACCAUCUCAGUUUAGGGAUACCAAAAGGUGAACUAUUUGGGCUUCUGGGUGUGAAUGGAGCAGGGAAGACCACUACCUUCAAGAUGUUGACUGGGGACCUCCUCCCCUCCUCUGGCAAUGCACUCGUAGGACAUUAUGGAAUAAGGGACCAGGCUGAUAAGGUGAGACAGAUGAUAGGCUAUUGUCCCCAGUUUGAUGCCCUGAUUGAACAGAUGACAGCCAGGGAGCUGCUGGUAUUCUUUGCUAGGCUCCGUGGUAUUUCCUCAGCAGAAAUCUCCAGGGUGGUAGAUGACAUCCUCAAAGCUCUGCUCAUAGAGGAGCAUGCAGACAAGCAGUGUGGAACUUACAGUGGUGGUAACAAAAGAAAGCUGAGCACGGCCCUGGCUCUGAUUGGUGACCCUCCUGUGGUGUUCCUGGAUGAACCAUCCACUGGCCUGGACCCAGCAGCCAGGAGGAAACUGUGGGAUACACUGAUGAAAGUGAGAGUGAGUGGUACCACCUUGGUACUCACAUCACACAGCAUGGAGGAAUGCGAGGCCCUGUGCACACGUCUGGCCAUCAUGGUCAAUGGGCAGUUCAUGUGCCUGGGCAGUGUCCAGCACCUCAAGAACAGAUUUGGCCAGGGGUUCACCUUGCUGGCUAAGAUCCAAGCACCCCCUAGUGGAGGGCCUGUCAAUGUAAACCCUUUCAUGGAAUUCGUCCAGAGCACGUUUCCUACGUGUGAGUUGGAGGACGUCCACCAGGGUUACGUCCAGUAUAAUCUCCCCGACACCUCCCUUUCCUGGGCUUAUCUGUUCGGUACAAUGGAAAAAGCUAAACCUGUGUAUGGCAUUGAGGAUUAUUCCAUCAGCCAGACAACGUUGGAGCAGGUGUUUCUGAAUUUUGCACGUAGGCAGAGGCAGCCCCAUGAGAAGAAGCGAGGCUGCUGUUGUUUCUGAUGCUCUUCAGGUGUUAAUGAUUUGCAGCAAUUUUAUUUGAAAACUCUGAAGUUUAAGUAUAUUUUGCCUAAAUAUCUGGAAUAUAAUGUUUGUUAUGUAUUGUGUUUACAUUUUUUCAGUAUUUUACCUAUACUAUACUAUACUAUACUA